AUGUCCUUAGUUCCUGCUGAGAUUCUUGCCAGAGGUUCCAUGGCCAUCAAAGCUUACAAGAAGGCUUUGGAACAGGGCAUGACACGUGUGAUGAGAGUGCCCAUCAUGAUAAUUGGACAGGAACGAUCAGGAAAGACCAGUUUAAAGAAGUCCUUGAAAGGACAGCUAUUCAGUCCCGAGGAGAAAAGCACUCAUUUAAUAGAGCGAGAUCCUUCGUACUUCAGCGUGACAACAGAGAUGUGGAAAGCAGGGGAGACAGAGACGGAGCCACAUGCAGAUGCCGAUGUUUCUCUUCAUAAUAGAGUAGCGCGCAUCAUAGUGGCCGAUUUAACGGGAGAUAAAAAUGACCUAUCAAACCGUGAACCAAGUUCGAGGAACGUCUUGACUUCAAAACGGGGUGCAGCAGAAAAUUCUAAAGUUAAAGAAAAUACUCCUCUGAUAGUGAAGGAAAAGAGAGGCGAUGAUAUCCAACAGCACUCAGAAAAGACUGCAUCACAGACUGCACGUUUGUUAUCAAAAAUUUAUGUGGAAGAAAACGAUGAAGAGGUUAUUCCUCAAGAAGUGCCACACGCAACAGCUGAAUGUGUCGAAAAAUUUCUUAAAGAAUCUAAGCCGGAAACAAGUGAGGAAAAGGUUUAUUCCACUAUCUGGGAUUUUGGUGGACAAUCAGUCUACUAUGCUACCCACCCAAUAUUCCUCACUGACAAAGCAAUUUACCUCCUGGUGUACGAUCUUAGUAAGAAGCUACAGGAAAGAGCUACACCCCCAGAAAUGGAAGGCGUUUUUGAGAGGAAAGUAGACCUUCACUGCUCUAAGACCAAUGAAGAUUAUCUGCACUUUUGGUUGUCAUCAGUCUCCUCUUUGGCAAGUCAGCACACGGAUGAUUCAAUCAAUUUACUAUCAGAAAAGCCUCCGAAAAGGUUACCGCCGGUUAUUUUAGUGUGCACACACGCAGAUCAAUGUCAGGAAGAUGCAAAAGAUCGAGCACGCAAAAUAUAUGGCACUCUUCGAUCUGAGGCAAAGCCCUAUGGCAAACACUUGUGCAAAACGUACUUUGUUGUAGACAACACGACUUCAGGAAGAGGAGACGAGUGCCCAGAUGUCCAUCGUUUGAGGAAGGAAAUACUUGCAGUUACUAAACAACUCCCACAGAUGAGGCAAUUAAUUCCAAUGAAGUGGUUACGAUUCGAAGACAUACUUUUAAAGAACAAGAAAGAAAACGGGGAGCCGUUUAUCUCCCUUGAGGAGGCAAGAAUGGUAGCACUUGAAUGUGGAAUCGAAGAUGACGAGCAAUUUUUCACCUUGCUAAACUUUUUACACGAUCAGAGAAUUCUAAUACACUUUGAUGACACGCCAGAGUUGAUGAAUAUGGUGAUUUUAGACCCGCAAUGGCUGAUUGAUCUGUUUCGGAAGGUAAUAACCGUCAAACCUUAUGAUCCUACGGCUGAUGAGCAUUACUCGGAAGAAAUGUGGACAAGACUUGAGACUGAUGGAAUCCUGGAUGAUAAACUCCUCCAGGUCGUGUGGCGUCCCUUUCUUAAAAAGGAAACCACACAAAACCUCAUUGCCGUCAUGGAAAAGUUUAGCCUGGUGUGCAGUUUGCCGUCAUUAGACAACCAGAAGCAAUUUCUUGUACCAUCCAUGCUGAUGUCCCAUCCAGAUGAAGUUGCCAACAAGCUCCUCUACGAAGCCUUCAUCCCCCCUCUUUUCAUACGAUUUAACCAAACACAUCCUCUGAGACACCCAGGCGAUGAUGCAGACUGUGAAUAUCUUCAAGUGCCUCUUGGAUUGUUCCCAAGACUUAUAGUAAAGUUCCUUCAGUGGAGCAUCACGAAUGAGAUCAGACCAUUGUACCAGGAUAUGUACCAGAACUUCGCCCGAUUUCCCAUCCUUUCGAAGGGUUACUCAGUAAUCUUGCACUGCCGUUCCUCUUGUAUCGAGGUCAUAGUUCACAGAGAUCCAGAUGUUUCAAGCGACACGACCAUCGUCUACAAGGUAAGACGCCAGCUUGACUCGAUACUUCAAAGCAUACGCGAAGAAUGUUUUUGGCUGAAAACCAUGGAAUACGAAUUAAGUGUCAGCUGCCCAGUUUGUUGUAAUCAGCGUUCAGUUCUCUACUGCAAAAAACAUCAAAGACGCUGUUGUGAGAAGGAAGAGUGUCUUCACUUCUGGCCAGAGCAUGCGUUGAUGAAGGAACAACUUUGCACAAGGAGUACCUUUGCUACAAGUACGGUGGUUCCAAUGAAGCAAGUUUCAUAUUGGUUUGAAUUCCCAGGGACUAAGGUAACCUUAGUACGCAAAAAUGAUACUUACAUCAUUUAUAACUCUUAGUACAUCACGAGUUUGCUAGAUGCUAAGAAGCAGUAUAUUUUUCUUAAACAAAUACAUUGUUCAUUAGUCGAUCCCAAUAAGAAGCAAUUAGCCUUUUCACCUACGACAAUGUGGUAGACCUGUCGAGACUAAAAUGUUGCGCCGACCAUUUCCGUGGACAUUAAGUAAGGGAGUUAGAUUGGGCUAGUUUUCAUGCAAAUUUUGCAGGCGUAGAAUCUAUUCUUUAUUAUUCUCUACAACGCAUUAAUCGAAUCUAUUUUCUUUUCUUCUUCGGGCCGUUGAUUUAGGAAAAGCUGACUUAGCUUUCUCCCAAAACAACCUGCUGAAUGAUCGUAUGGAGGGCAUUCUCCCCCUGGCUAGAAUACUUUUCUGUACCCUUCAUUACGUCCUCAGUUGGUUUGUUUCAGUAUGUCCCAAGGUUAUUCCAGAAAUCCCCCAGUAAUUCUUAAAUCACUUCCUUUUUGUUCGCAGGUGAAGAAUGUCGAUGAAUUUGUUCGUUCUUUUGGAGGUAACUAUCUCUGUCCUAGUUUUAAAAAUAUUGUUUAACAUCAUGCGAGGUUCAUGGCUGUCAACAGGCUCUUUAUUUCUUUCCUCAUAAUGUCUUGAAUGCCGGGGUCUGUUGUCAAAUUGUUUUACAAAAUCAAAGCUAGUGCUUACCCCCAACUUUGCUUAAGUCUAAACCUCUGCAUGUAGACCAUGAUCUUACCACCAGGAGAAAUGAUAACCUCACCGCAACUGAUACGCGACACAAAUUUAAUCACCUUCAUGGAAACAAUAUGGUGAAGGUGGAUUUGGAGAACUGUGCGUUCCUCUUUUAGUUUGAAAAGUGCUCGCUGCUUCCCUGAUUGCCCAAUGUUAUAGUUAAUCAAUGCAUAAAAAUCUUUUACAUAAUCAUAUUACAGAUUCUCUUGUGAAGGAAAAUAUUGUAGCGAACGUCCACAUUAUGGAUGAGCUUGCUUGUAGCUUGGAUCAACCAAUCUACCGCGGGGAGCAAGAGCCGCCCAUUGUCCAGCACUGGCUGCAUCUCGCUGUAGAAUUCACGGUGCCGGAAGACGUUGUAACGAAGUGCCAGACCAAUCCUCAGAGUAGUUCUAGUAAACACAUGUUUGAAUUCCUGGAAGCACGCAACCCUAACUACUCAGUCAAAGACCUUAAGGAGGGACUCAGCGUCAUCUCAAGAAAUGAUCUGGUCAAGAAAGUGGAGCUUUGUGGUCUAACAGGUAACUUUUGCAAUUCUUUAGGUUUAAACCUUUCUCUGCGGGCACUGUGAUUUUAAAGCUGGUUAACGUUGCGGCGAGCGAAACCGCUUGUUAGUAUUGUGAAGUCCAUUGCUUUGAAAACAAAAAAAAUAGUGCAUUACAAGAACAAAGAGAUCAUGUGUUCAGCUGUUAUUUAGCAGGCUGCCAAGGGACCAUAGUGGCUUUGCUGACUUACCAAGGAGUCUAAUGAUAGAUAUCUCGAGAGGGUGCAAAAAAAGGCACUUUCCGUGAUUUGGCCUGGUCUCUCUUAAGACAAAGCACUUGAUAAAGCAACAUCAUGCACUCUUUCCGAUCGUCGGGCUCUGUCAUGCAGGAACUUCAUAGAAAAUGUCUAUUCCCCCAAGAAAUCCAUUUUAUUCACUUAUACGCUUCGCGCUUAGGCCAUAAAUCGAUGGAGAAAAACUCGGUCCGUAAUUUACAGUACGAACCGAAACCUCGGCUAAUAAGAGGUAUGUUUUUGCUUAAAUUAUUGACGCCCGAUCAUCACAACCAUGAAAAAAUAACUGCAAAGAGAAUUCAGUAGAACCCCGGCAAGUAGAACUCUGAAGGGAAACGAAAAACAGUUCAAGUUAGCGAGGAAUUCGAGUUAUCGGGGUAAAUUUCAAUACAAUUUUGAUCAAGGGAAAGAAAAUUUAGUUCGAGUUAGCGGGGAAUUGGUCCGAGUUAUCCUAGUUCGAGUUAUCGAGGUUCUACUGUAUUUCGUUCAGAAUAGGUCUCACAUAUGAAUCUAUACUAUGCUGUUAGUUUUAGGUCUCAGUUAUAAUGCCGUGCCUACAUGAAGACGUUGGAAAAAAUUAUUCAGUUUAUCUGCUACGUUUCUACAAACUAACAAACGCCUUGUCCCUGCAGACACUUCAUCAUUACGAGUCUUCCGUCAAAAACAUCAUUCCACUUUUGAGACCAUUUGUCUACAGUUGGACCGUUGCAAUAACUGGAAAGCUUUAGGGCUGAACAUCAAUAUUCCAGAUGAAACACUGCAGCAAAUCGCCACUUCCACCAGCUGUACGAAGACAGUCCUUGAGAUCAUCGAAAACAGAAAGCCCCAUGUGACUGUGAAGGAGAUGCAAUAUGUUUUGAAAGGAUUGCAGAGAGAAGAUGUGUGCAAUGUGUUGGACAAAUAUCUAGCAGGUGCUAAUUUUUCUUAAAGUUUCCGAAUAAGUUUUGGUCAGUUUCUUAGUAAGUUUAAGUGUAGAAUAACAUUGUAUCUUGAAUUACCCAAAGGUUUUUCUUAGACAUCACAAACAUUUUUGCCAAGAAUGGCCAAUGCAAAUGCUGCAAAAAGAUGCAAAUGUAAAAGAAUAUUUAUAUCUCUGUUUUUGUGCAAGGAGACAUUUUUUUCGUCAGAGUUGUAAAUGAUUAAAAUAAUUCGUUUUGCAUCAUGAUAUCACUGAUAUGCUCAUGUAAGGAUUCCUUAAUAAGCUAUUUAUUAGCAGUUUCCUUUAAAGCAUGCAAAAUCCUUUGGUGACGUCACAAGACGUAACCCAUAGUAACCUAUUCGAUUCCUGACCAGUGUACGCAUUAUGUAAUAAAAGCUGCAGUGAAACGAAAUUCUGCAACUGGGAUUGCUCUCUUCACAUUAUAUUGACUCCGCUGAGGUUUGUUGAAAAUAAAAUUACCUUGUUUCCAAGUCCUGCUUUAUCUCAGGGUACGCCCUAUUUUCGUUCCCCCGGGUAAAGAAAAUUCCGACGGACAAGGCGAAACGAAUUUAAAGGACACCUUCAACCAGUGUGCAUUGCGGUCGUGCACUUCACCGAAAUCGUUUGUUGUAAUACAGAAAUUACGAAUAUUCUGAUUGUGUUUGAAAAUCAGAAUGUAUCGUUACAACUUAAGGCCAGCAGGCUGUAAUGCCCUUCUUAAAAGAAUCAUAGAUACAAUCCUGUUACCAAACACGUGAUUUCUGUGUUACGGCAAAUGAUUUCGGUGAAAAGCACGACCGAAAUGCAUAGUGGUUGAAGGUGCCCCUUUAACGCGACCACGUAAGAGAGAAUGAAGUAUGGAAGCUGCUGAACAGUUGGCGUAGAACUCACACUAUAAUUAUUUUUGUCUCUGAUAAUACAAUUUUCAAGCCUUCCAUUUGCAUUUUUCUUAAACUUGUUGGCUUCUAAUUUUCUUAUUUCCUCUUAUUUCUUUUUCUUCUUAUUUAAGAGGGUGGCACAAUCAAAACUCUCCGAAAUAAUCUCGAUUGUUUAGAAGAACUAACCACCUUGUUGGAUUGUGAAACACCAGGGAUGAAAAACUGGCUGCAUUUUGCUUGCAAGCUUGGUGUUCCCAAAGAAGACUGUGACAAUUUAAAGCCAAAGGGAAACCCAAGUCCAACCAGAGCUUUAAUGGAACACAUCGUUCAAGUUGAUCCAGGCCUCACAGUCAAGACGUUUAUCGAAGUGCUGAUAAAGAUGCAACGCAUAGAUGUCGUUAAUGCUUUGAGGAAAUUAUUUCUGGGUAAAUCA